AUGGGGAACAACAAGAAACAAACUUCGGGAGGAGAAUCUGAUGUUCCAUACAGACGCCGCGGUAGACCGGCUGGCAAAAAUCGAACUCCCCUAUCACAGGAAGAGCGACGCGCACGCAAUGCUCAAUACGAGAGAGAACGUCGCAACGAAACUGCAGAAGCCAUAUCACAGCUGGUUGAGGCUGUACAUUGCGAUCCCAAAAUCUCAAACGCAGACCUCCUAGCUACAGUGAUCAGCCGUAUCCAGAGAGCCACCAGAAAGAAAUCUGAGAGCAUCUCAGACUUACAACGCAUCAACGCAAACUUGGAAGCUCAAAUUCUCACACUCCAAGGCCGAUUGGGUCUUGACGAUGCAAGCUUAGAACGUUUAGGCAGUGAAGAUGAGGAUGAUGACAUUGAAACGCCUGAGCCCCAUUCAUAUCCUGAAACCAGUGCCAAUUAUAUCGACAGUGAAAACUAUGAUCUAAGAAAACAGAGAAAAAAGCGUAAGCGAUCAGAGCGUCAAAGUUCCAGCGAAGAUAUCCAACAAAAAAAACGCACUAAGACUCGAUCGGAAACAUGCUCGGUGGAUUCCGGCAUCGAGAUGAGAGGUCAAACCGUGUCUCCACCGACCCUCACAAUUCAGGACAAUAUGGACUACCUGAUACAAGCCGAUCGAUCAGAGAUCCCAGUGGAAAUACAAGAAGAACAGGAGUACGUCUGCGAAACACACAUCCAACUGCACACCGAAUUGUACAAUCAGAUUUAUAAUUCUGAAUCCCAAAGCUCUUCGGAAUCCGUUCCCCAAUGGGACAUGGGAACUUUGUCUGCAGAAUCACGGUCUAUGCCAUGCAUGGAGAGUAUUGCAAGAUCGUUAAUCGUGGUGCCUUCCAUUGUACCACCUCAGCAACCGCCUGAGAGCCAAGAUUACGCGCAGCCGGACUUAACAACCCUUCAGAACAUUGAGCUGCAAAGUGACUUCGAAAUUUCGAAUGAAAUAAUCGCGAAUGAUUGUGAUUAUCAACCGCAAGAAGUCAACCAACUGUCCAUCUUUGAUUUUUUGGACGAUAGUGACAAAAGUUUGCUGAACAACUUGAUGGGCCCCGGCUGCUUCGAAACCAGCGAAUUCGUUGAGAAUACGACGGACAUGCAAGUCAGAAGUAAUGUGUUGUCGGGUCAUUGACGAAUCAUGAAGACAAAAUACUGUGAUUUUGGUAUUUGC